CGGGCGGCGAAGGGCGGUGAAGGGCGGUGAGGGGGCGGGCCCGUACGCCGAUUCCACAUGGGCGCCGGCGCGGAGCGCCGCGGGGCAGCGCGGGGUCGCCAUGGCUGAGCUGCAGCAGCUCCGGGUGCAGGAGGCGGUGGAGUCCAUGGUGAAGAGUCUGGAAAGAGAGAACAUCCGGAAGAUGCAGGGUCUCAUGUUCCGGUGCAGCGCCAGCUGUUGUGAGGACAGCCAGGCCUCCAUGAAGCAGGUGCACCAGUGCAUCGAGCGCUGCCAUGUGCCUCUGGCUCAAGCCCAGGCUUUGGUCACCAGUGAGUUGGAGAAGUUCCAGGACCGCCUGGCCCGGUGCACCAUGCAUUGCAACGACAAAGCCAAAGAUUCAAUAGAUGCUGGGAGUAAGGAGCUUCAGGUGAAGCAGCAGCUGGACAGUUGUGUGACCAAGUGUGUGGAUGACCACAUGCACCUCAUCCCAACUAUGACCAAGAAGAUGAAGGAGGCUCUCUUAUCAAUUGGAAAAUAAAAGUCUUUGCCAGUGGCCAUCAGGGCUGAGGGCAAGAAUAUAUUUUUUAUAAGGAAUUGGGAAUUUUAGUCUUUUAAGCAAAGUUUACGAAUGAAGAAAUGAAGGAUGGCCACAAGUGUAAGGCACAUGUCACUUGCCUCUGGACACUGGUUAUUUUAUGUUUCAGUCCCUAAAAAAUGAAAUGGAAAAAAGUGGUGCUAAAUCGAGUCAGAGAUAUUACAGGAGAGUUUUAGAGCUUAUUAUUUCCUGUGGCCAGUGCUUGUCCUGGCAGUAAGGCUCUCCCCUGUAACAAGCCAGAGCCCUCUAAGGUACCAGACUCUUCUUACUACACAGGUACUAACAGGCUGGCAGGUUAGAGUUGGUGGAGUCUGAGGAGAGAUAUUUUCUCUUUGUUGCCAACAUCCUGUUUACCAAAAGUAUCACCACACCAUCUUCCAUAAGCUGUGAAACAAAAUCAAUGAGGUCACUAACUUAGAAGGGAAAGAAAGUUUUCUGGGUCUUUGUUUUCUUGAUUUGGGGUAAUUUAUACAAGGGCGUACAAGUUGAUUUUAAGAUGUGGAACUGGGAGGUAGACUAGUUUGGAUAAGAACUCUGAAAUGUUCCUUGUGGAUCCCCAUUUCUGGUCAUCAAGAUGUGGAUGUACAUUUCUUAAAAUUAUUACAUGCUGCAUCUUUCAGCCUGGAGACCGUGCAGAAACAUGAGAGGUGACGACACACUAAUUAUGGGAAGCAGAAUUACUGGCUGAUGGCCCCUGAGGCUGUGUGUAGCAAAAUGACAGGACAAUCUUGCAGUAACACUUUCCCCUUGAAGAGAAGGGGGUUUUGAUUGUGAUAUAUACUAGUAUCUAGGAAUGAACAGUAAAAGAGGAGCAGUUGGCUACUUGAUUACAACAGAGUAAUGAAGUACUGGAUUUGGAAAAACCUGGUUUUAUUAGAACAGAUGGAAUGAAAGCCUACACCUAGCAUUGCCUACUUAGCCCCCUGAAUUAACAGAGCCCAAUUGAGACAAACCCCUGGCAACAGGAAAUUCAAGGGAGAAAAAGUAAGCAACUUGGGCUAGGAUGAGCUGACUCCCUUAGAGCAAAGGAGAGGCAGCCCCCAUUACCAAAUACCAUUUUUGCCUGGGGCUUGUGCAGCUGGCAGUGUUCCUGCCCCAGCAUGGCACCUUAUUGUUUUGAUAGCAACUUCGUUGAAUUUUCACCAACUUAUUACUUGAAAUUAUAAUAUAGCCUGUCCGUUUGCUGUUUCCAGGCUGUGAUAUAUUUUCCUAGUGGUUUGGUUUUAAAAAUAAAUAAGGUUUAAUUUUCUCCCCA